UAGGAGCUGAAUGUGGUGUGUAAUAAAGACAGAAUGUUUUUCUUCAUCCUUCUGGUGAAUUUACACAAUGUUGAGCUGUGAUUUGAAUGACAUUUGUAGUGCCACAGCGCCACCACCUGGACAAGGUGUAUAAAGGACUAUUAAAGGCCUUGUAUAUAAAACGUCUGGAGGCGGAGCUUAUGAGAGUAAACACUUCCGGAGCAGAGCGGACACUAACACAUGCUGGUAAACACACUGAGGUCAUCAGUAGCUUGCAGAUUGGGCUUUUUCUUUAGUCUGUCAAGAAGUCUUCAAAAAUCCAGUCACAAGCACGAGAUUUUUCCAGCUUUCCAAAAGUUCUCCCUCUUCCGCAUGUUUGAGGCAAUGGAGGACGAGGAGGCUUCAGCAUCUCUGAUCCAUGUUGGGGAGAAGCGAGUUUGUCCUGACGAGGUUUCAGAACAUACCGCUAAGAAAGCCAGACUUCAGGAUGAAGCUAACGGCAGCCACGUCACCGAACCAGCAGAGGAAGACAAAGAAGAGAUGGAGGAAGAGGAGGCUUUGGAGGAUGAAGGUGGAGAAGGAGAGAGCUUCGCUGAUAUGAUGAAACAUGGCCUCAGUGAAGUGGAUGUCGGAAUCCAUAAAUUUGUCAGUGAUCAUAACGGAUUCUCUGGAAUCUUGAAAGAGAGAUACUCUGAUUUCGUCGUUCACGAGAUCAGCAAGGAGGGAAAGAUCAUGCGACUAGACGACCUCUCUGUACCUGUGGAACCGGAGGACGUGUCUGCAGAGAUCGAGCCGGUAGAAUGUCAGGACCUGACCGAAGAGCAAAAACAACAGCUUGCUGAUCUGCAACUACUGAAAAACAAAGAGGGAAACGUGGCUAUCGAGGUGGAAGGAGAUUCCAAGGAGAGACGUACGUUGCUUCACAAAGCGAUCAAAGCCCUUUACCCAGGACUGGAGACCAAAACUGAGGAAAGAGAGGGCAAGAGGUUCAUAGUGGCGUAUCAUGCAGCUGGGAAAAAAGCACUAGCAGCUCCAAGAAAACACUCGUGGCCUAAGAACCGUGGCAGCUUCUGCCAUUUUGUGCUUUACAAGGAGAAUAAAGACACCAUGGAUGCCAUCAACGUUCUCUCCAAGUUUCUCAGGGUUCGACCCAACGUCUUCUCGUACAUGGGCACGAAAGACAAGAGAGCCAUCACUGUGCAAGAGAUCGCUGUGUUAAAGAUCAGCGCGGAACGGUUGGCUCACCUCAAUAAGUGCCUGAUGAACUUUAAACUGGGAAACUUCAGCUAUAAGAAGCACCCACUGAAACUAGGAGAGCUGCAGGGGAACCAUUUCACAGUGGUACUCAGGAACAUCUCCGGCUCUGGUGAACAGGUAGAACAGGCCAUGGCGUCACUCAGGGACACGGGCUUUAUCAACUACUACGGCAUGCAGCGCUUUGGCACCACGGCCGUACCCACACACCAGGUUGGCAGAGCCAUCCUGCAGAACAACUGGACUGAAGUGAUGGACCUGAUCCUGAAGCCACGGCCUGGGGCGGAGAAGAGCUAUUUGGUGAAGUGUAGAGAGGAAUGGGCUCAGACACAGGAUCCUGAAGCAGCGCUAAAGAAAUUACCUGUGAAACGCUGUGUAGAGGGACAGCUGCUGAGAGGCCUGUCGAAGUACGGCAAGAAGAACAUCAUUACGGCGUUUGGACUGAUCCCUCGCAACAACAGGCUCAUGUACAUCCACAGCUACCAGAGCUUUGUGUGGAACACCAUGGUCAGCAGGAGGGUGGAGGCCUACGGCCUUAAAGCUGUGGAAGGAGAUCUAAUACUCAAAGGAGGCACUGCUCACAUCCUGUCUGCAGAGGAAGCUGAGAAGCACUCCAUUCAUGAUAUAGUGAUGCCGCUACCUGGAUUUGAUGUCAUCUAUCCCACACACACGGUGGGGAAAGGCUACAGAGACAUACUGACCGCCGAUAACCUGGACAUCGAUAAGAUGAGGCAUAAAAUACGAGAUUAUUCACUGGCUGGAGCUUAUCGUCGCAUCCUCAUCUGUCCUAAAGAUGUCAGCUGGGAGCUGAUUCAUUAUGAUGACCCUAGAGUUCCUCUGGUCCACACGGAUGUAGAGAAACUGGAGAACAAACCAGCCCCAGUGUAUUUGACAGAUGGAAAAUACAAGGCACUGAAGAUGGAGUUCUCCCUCCCCCCAUCUACCUACGCUACCAUGGCGAUCAGAGAAGUUCUCAAAAUGGACACCAGCAUCAAGAACCAGACGCAGCUUAAUACCGUGUGGCUAAACUAAGGACCUUCAUCUGUCUGGAGUUUUUUUUUUUUUCUUUCGUAACCCCAAGCUUUUGUUUUUAAUUACUCCAGUCAGAAAUAAGCAGAAAUGUUUCAGUAUUUAAUUCCUUACUUUUUACCGAUCUUAGAAAACAGUGAUUAUAAACCCUACUGUUUAAUAGCGCUUCAUUGCCCUGAUAUCAGACUGUGCUCAAGUCAUACAGAUGAUAUAAAUAAAUACCGUCUUUUUUUUUUUUUUUUUUGUAUUUGCAAAAUGAUAUUUUGUGAAUAUAAUAAAUUGACCAGAGAA